UAGGGGAAAUAAUAUUCAUAAAAAGUUAUUUUUCCUGCUCAGCAAUAAAUUAAAGAUGAUUUUUUUACAGCAAUAAAGCAGAACAACCAGGAAGAGAUAUCUCAGUCAGAUAUUUUCUGAAGUAUUGAUCUCUAACUGAUCAGAAAUCAGAACGUAUUGGGUCAGCAAUCAGGUAGGAGUGAGACCUCCUGUCACUUUUACAUCUGAGGUUUCAUUAAAUCUAGAGGAGUUUCUCCAGGAACAUUUCCUGGUUUCCCUCCAGAUAGAACUGUUUCUGCUGAGUCAGCAGGAAAUCUGCUGACUCGUCUCCUCUCUGACAUGCAGCCUGACAUAAGUGACUCUUUCUGUCACUUUGCUCUGAGUUUCUGCCUGGAGGCUCCAGAGAAUCCAGACGGACACAUCCGGAGCCGCUUGGUGUCAGAAUGCAUCAUGGGAUUCGGACGUUGCAUAGAGAUGCAGCGACACAUGUCUAAUGGUUCUGCUGCAGAUCCGAUCAGCGCCGGCCGUAGCAGAACCGACAACCAGCCAAACCCAGAGCUAUCACACAGCCAGGCCGUUGAAACCGUCCACACAACCUGCAGCUGCUGCACAAGAAGCAUGCAGGAGAGGCCUGAACGUCGGAGACAAACAGGAAUCCAUGAGCUGCAGAGCAGAGAGGAUGCCUCAGACGCUGCAGCGCCGUCCAUCGCCGCGCUGCAGGCGCAGGCGGAUCCUCCGGACGGAGCCGUUUGGAGAUGAAGAUGAAGAGCGGAGCAGGAUUUAUGUCAUCUGUCAGAGGAUUUCACUCUGGAACGUUUUGUCCCUUUUCUUCCAUUUUCUUGUUCAUGCAGUGAGGAGAAAGUGUAAAAAUGUGACAAAUAUUCAAUAUAUAUACAUUUAAAUUAGAGUAAACAUUGCUGAUUAAUAUGUUUCAAUCAGCAGAAACAAAAAGAAAAAUAUAAUUUCUUUAUUUUAAUUCAAAUUCCAACUAAUGAUUAUUUUAUUAAUAGAUUGUUUAAUUGAUUAGUUGGAUUUUUAAAAUGGCACAGUCUGGAUAUUUUCCAUGUAACCUUUUUUGGUUAAUAUUAGAAAUACAUUAAAAGAUGCAAAUAAACAAUUCAAUCCUUUUAUAAAUAAGAAAAUAUUCCCAUUUCAGGUCUUAUCACGUUUUGCCAAGUUAUUGCAUUUUAUUGCCUAAAAUUCUUGUAACUGAUAAGUUAAUAGUGUUUAUUUUAACUUAUUUGUUUUGGCGCUUCAUAGAAGAGAUGUGAUGAACAGAAACAUGAUGGGGUUGGAAUAUUUCUGCUUUUAUGGCUGCUGGUCCACAAACUAAACCAAAAACCAAAUCAAAGUACGACUUAGAGAUUAAAUGAGAGUCUACAGAAAAAGGAUUUUUACUUUCCUUUGCUGCCAAAAUCGCUUUUAUCUUUCAGAAAAUAUAAUACAGAAAAAUAUUUAAAACAUGUUCCUACCAUUCGAGUGAUAAUUAAUUAUUAAUAAAUGCCAUAAAUUCUGCAACUAUUUCAAAAGAAAGACUAAUUUAUGGCCAUUUUAACUCAUGUUUUGUGUCUAUUAACAUUCAAGGCUCAACUUGAAAAAAAAAGGGAAAAUUUCAAAGCGAUAAAACUUAACUGUAAAACAUUCAGCCUUCCUGUUAGUUGCUAAAAAUCUUCUUCUCUCCCUCAACCUGAGUGAAAUGUUCAAACAAUUUGGAAUUGUAACAGGUACAUCUCCAAGCCUCCCUGAAAUUUCUUUCAAUCACCAGAAACGGCUUUCACACCGAAGAGUGUUGCUACCACAAACAGGAAAGUGAUGAAAUUGUCUGAAACGAUGCAGUAAAGGCUGAUUGUUACCAGAAACCUUUUCUAAUCGUAAAGUCAGAAUUCUGAUCUAAUCUCUAUUUUUUCCACUUCAUAAAAGUCAGAAACUUAAAGCCUUAAAGAACCUUCAGGUCAGAAUUGCUUUUCUCCGUGGCCCUAAUCCUCUUCCGUAGUUUAGGAGUCAAGAAAAAGGGGAAGAAGAGUUGUGGUGCGUUCAGGUUACUUCAGAAGUAACCAAGAACGCACCAACCAAUCAAGAACGAAAGUCGGAGGUUCGAAGACGAUCAGAUUCCGUCGUAGUUCCGACCAUAAACCGACUAGCGCGAUCCGGCGGCGUUAUUCCCAUGACCCGCCGGGCAGCGUCCGGGAAACC